AUGACUGAGCCAAUCCGCAUAAUCCAGCAUAACCUCAAUCGGCUUAGAAUUGCAAGCCACCAGUUAGCUGAGGUCUGUAGAGCUAACAAGACGGAUAUAGCGUUGCUACAGGAACCAGUGAUAGCACGCGGAAAGGUUGUUGGAUUUGAGACCUUCCGACAAAUCCACUCGGGCAAUAAGGCCGGAGCCGCCAUCAUCAUAAUGAACAGCGAGGUGCAGGCCCUCAGUUUCGAACAGUACAAAACGGACUACACAGUCGCGGCCAGUUUGGGGCUAAACGAACAUAAAAUGAUAGUUGUAUCUUCCUACUUUAAGUACUCCCUGGCCACUAACGUGUUCAUUGAGCAACUACGACCGAUCCUCGAUAUGGAAGCCAGAACUAUAGUCGGGGCCGAUGUUAAUGGCCACUCAACUCUUUGGCACUCCCCCGAGAGUAACGAAAGGGGGCGCCAGGUCGAAGACCUGGUGGAAGAUUACCUGCUUCACACGGUGAACAGAAGAGGUACGAUCAAUACCUACGACCGACCUGGUAUGGGUACAUCCAAUAUCGAUGUCACCCUUGCCACGAGAAACAUGAUGGGCCAAGUGACUGACUGGAUGGUAACCGACGAAACAGAUAGCGACCAUCGGGUGAUAAGCUAUAAAGUCGCGAUAGCAAGGACGCGUCCAGAACCUGGUCCCAUAAGAUACAAUACAAGUAUGGCAUAUUGGAAUAAAAUGCUAGCCUAUCUAACGAUGAACGUUGGGAACGUCGAUGAACGGACGGUUGAUAGCCAUGCGGACGGACUAGUAACGCUCCUAAAGUCCGCCGCAGACAUAAGCAUCCCGCGUACCAAGCCGCGUAACCAGAAUAAAGGCAGGCAAAUAUGGUGGUCCCCCAGGCUAACUGAACUAAAGAAAACGCUGGAAAGAUCCCGGAGACUUGGCCAAAGAACCGGCGAGCCUGAGGUGUAUAGGGAACACUGA